CAGGGUUUACAAACAGAAACAAACAUGGCGCCCUCCAUCUGAUCUUCACAUUUUCCGAAAGGUUGCCUGGAAAUCGCUGGGCUUUGAGAUAUUGUGGCAAUAUGCUCAGUCUCACCAUAAAAGAGGUGUCCUUGGCUCUAAGGGAGGGGAAGAUCUCCCCAUUAGAACUGUGUCGAAAAUGUCUGAAACGCAUUAAGAAAACUCAGCAUUUGAAUGCAUACAUCACCGUGACGGAGGAGCUGGCACUGAAACAGGCAGAGGAGGCAGAGAGUCGACUGCUUCAAGGUUCUCCCAAAGGUAUUCUAGAUGGAAUACCGUUUGCUGUCAAAGACAACUUCUGCACAGAGAAUAUCAGGACCACAUGCGCUUCAAGGAUGCUCAAAGACUUCCUCCCGCCAUAUAAUGCUACAGUGGUCCAGAAACUUCUUGAUCAGGGAGCUGUUCUUGUGGGGAAGACAAAUAUGGAUGAGUUUGCAAUGGGAUCAGGCAGCACUGACGGGGUGUUCGGUCCAGUCAGGAACCCCUGGAGCUAUGCUGCUCCCUACAGAGAGCAGUCAGGAGGAGCGGAGGAUGACUCUGAGUGGGUGAUCACAGGAGGAAGCUCAGGAGGAAGUGGUGCAGCUGUCACCUCACUAACCAGCUUCCUAGCUCUGGGCUCAGAUACUGGCGGCUCCACCCGUAACCCAGGGGCUCUUUGUGGAGCCGUGGCCCUCAAGCCCACCUACGGCCUGCUGUCCCGCCACGGUCUCAUCCCCCUGGUCAACUCCAUGGACGUCCCGGGCAUCGUGACCCGGAGCACCAGCGACGCAGCCAUCGUUCUUGAGGUCCUCCAGGGCCGUGACCUUAAGGACUCCACGACGGUGCAGAGCCCCACGUCACACGCAGGGUUUUCUGAAGACUUCGACGUCCGCAACCUCUGUGUGGGCAUCCCAAAGGAGUACCACGCUCCGGGUCUGUCACAGGAGACCCUGGCCCAGUGGAGCCGCCUCGCCGACCUGCUGGAGGGAGCUGGGGCCCGGGUGAGAGAGGUCUCCCUCCCCCACACCCAGCACUCAAUCGUCUGCUACCACGUGCUGUGCUGUGCCGAGGUGGCGUCCAACAUGGCACGCUUCGACGGCCUGGAGUAUGGGCACCGUAGCACUGAGGACAGCUCGACGGACGCCAUGUACGCCGCCAGCCGCCACGAGGGCUUCAACGCCGUGGUGCGAGGGAGGAUCCUGUCUGGAAACUUCUUCCUGCUCCAACAGAACUACGAGCGCUACUUCCUGAAGGCGCAGCAGGUGCGUCGGCUCAUCGCCGAGGACUUCGAACACGCGUUCAGCGCGGGCGUGGAUGUGCUCCUGACGCCCACCACCCUGAGCGACGCCGCCAGCUACUCCCACUUCAUCCAGGCGGACAACCGCACGCGCUCUACCCAGGAGGACGUCUUCACGCAGCCCGCCAACCUAGCAGGUCUACCUGCUGUUUCUGUGCCAACAGCUUUAUCAAGCAGAGGUCUUCCAAUUGGCUUACAGCUCAUAGGUCCCGCCUUCCAAGACGGAAUGUUGCUGAGUGUAGCACACUGGAUCGAGCAAAGAGUGGGGUUUCCCUCAAUUUCCAACUAUGAGGUCCCCAACAAAUGAAAAAGUGCCAUUGAGCAGACAUCAGUGUGAAAAUAACUGCAAAUCACAUGGCUUUGUGAUUGUGUAAAUGAUUACCUUCCAUUGCAGAGUAUUUUGCAGAUAAUGAAUGUGUUCCUGUUGAGGGUAUGCUAUUUAUUUAUUUUAUUUUUUAUAGGUUAACUGGGAAGGUCCUUUAUUAUUAUUAGGUGGUUGGAAUGUGUUUGAUAUUAUCUUUUCCACUGAGCAACUGUUCCAUGGUCGAUCAUGAGGCACCACUUGUCUUAAAUAAACUCUUUCUUUUGGC